ACUCGUGGCAUUGACACAGCCUCAGUAACCUUCUCCCAUGUAUAACAAAAAAUCUGCAUGAAUGGGGAAACAAUAUGACAUGCUUAUCAUACUUGACACUGUACACAGUCUUAGCGCACACACCCGUAAGUCAGAUUAUAAUAGCAUGGUACGAAUGCUAUGAAUAUUUAGAAUACAAAUGCAGUGCUUCACGCUUGCAGCCCAAAGUCCUUUUUUCCCUUCUUACCCAUAUGAACUUCCCAGAUUAAGAAUGUAAUGGCAGCGCAGUUAAAGCUACCACACGUUACCUGUCCUUGUGAGCCAUCUCGACCAUUUAAGGGAUCUGCAGAAUCAUUUAUCCAUCAGUUUCUCCAAAAGCAAAUUGUUUAUUGGUGGCAUUCCUCCUCAGCUCAACAUUAGUAAAAUAACAGCUUGGUUUCCUGCACAGGAUAUUCUAGAUCAUGACCUUAAGAAGGAACUUUAAGCAUUAAAGAGUUUGGCAUCCCUUGCUAAAGACAUUUUGGCUUUGUUACAAAUGUCACAACCUGUAAGCACAUCUGAGAUGCAGCAACUACAACCAUCGUGCUGGGAAUGAAAAAUGGGGUAAGCACUUUGUACUGAGUAGCUUUCCCAUUAACAUUUGCAUACAGACGACAAACUUCGUUGAUAGGAGGUAUGACUGUUUUUGUUAUUGACUUGCACUCCGAGAUCCGCUAGAGGGCCUCAUUCAAUUAGACAACAGCGUAGUUUCCGUCUUUGGAGUGUUCUAUCCAUAGUUUAUCAGCCUAUAACCGACUGAUAAACACUGCACGAGAAACUAAGCCAGAACUACAAGAACUUAAACAGUUCGGAAGCUGCACGGGGUCCUCCUCCACUCCCCAGACGUCGCGUUUCUCAUUCUAACAGGAAGCGACUGAGCAAUGCAACCAUCCUGGCGUUACCUGGAUAACGAGCAACCUGUGCUGCUCUUUUGCUGCUCUCUCAGAGCUCGGCCGUGCAACAAGCAGGCAUUCAGCCACCCCACAAAGCGCUCCAUUGAGCUCCCUCAGCCCUUCCCCGGCUUGGGACCGCCCCGACGGGGCGCAGCCGAUGGAGCUGUGGGCGGGGGAAGUGCGGGUGAUGUCCUGGAGUCCACCGCGCCCUUUCCAGGAAGAAUUCAGCACAGAGCACGGCGUCGGCUGGCUCCCGGUAGCUGGUUGUGGGCUCGGAGCUGCGGUGGGCAGGUUCACGCCAUGCUGGGGCUGCUGCUGCUGCUCUGCCAGAUCCAGGUGGCCGUGUCGGCGUUUAUUCACCGCGCACAGAGACUGAGAGGCCCGGAGCAACACGAUGCCUCACAUGUGUUCACAUCAGCAAAGGAGGCCAAUUUAUUCAUUGGACGACAUCUUCUGAACAACAGAUUUGAUUUUGAAGCAUUCACACCUGAUAACCUGGAAAGAGAAUGUAUGGAAGAGCUGUGCAGCUACGAGGAGGCCAGAGAAGUUUUUGAAGACGUUGAUAGAACGACUCAGUUUUGGAACGACUAUUCAUUGAACGGCCCUAGGAUAAAAACAGGUGAUGAACAACUACAAAAAAUCAACAUCACAGGACUUCUGAUUGGUCCAAUUGCUGCUGGAGGAAUGUUAGCCAUAAUCGGACUCCUUAUCUUCUACUGCUGCAAAGAUAGAUGUAAAUCAAGGCACCCACCAGGGCAUUUGGAUCAUGGAAGAAGCAGAAGACGAAGUUCGACUUCCAUCUUCAGAAGGCAUGAAGAACUCUCUUUAAAUCCACUUCCUCCCAGAACUGACGACUCGGGACUACCAACUUAUGAGCAAGCAGUUACUUCGGGCAGACAACAUGAUGUACCACCACCCCCCUACCCAGGGCCCCCAAAAUGGGUACGGGCAUUUAGAAAGUCAAUGUCGCUUCCUGCCCCUUAGCUAUGAACCUCCUCCUAGAGGGAGGAGGGAUUCCUGAAGCAUAACAAACUUUUAGAAAGUUCCCUACCUUGCAUAUUGCAAGAUGGUUUACAAAUAUGUGAAAGAUCAUUAGCACAGCUUGGAGCAAAUCAAGAUCCCCUCUGGGAGAAGUGAGCAGUUGCGAAAGCAGCCGAACUAUUCUUUGCACAAGGGUAUUGUGCUGAGAGAAUAAAGAAUAAGUCUCGUACUGCCCCUCUUCCACAUGCACUUUGAGCCAUCCCAUCAUAUUAUUGAUGUUUUAUUAAUAGUUUCAUCUUGUUUCUUUAGAAGGAACAUUAUUUUAAUUGCUCUUAUUGACGGUAACCAUUUUUUGGUGACUCAGUACUUUCAGUCAUCAUCGUAAGUCUGCUGUGUUGUUUGACAUACUUUACUGCUGUGUGGAUUUUCUAUUCAUCUAUUCAGAGAUUUGAGAAUGAAAAUCAUUUAAUGAGAUUAUCGUGCAAGUGUGAAUAUAUCACUGCUUCUGGAUUACAGUGGUUUGUUUUAAACUUUGCUGUAAAACGUUACUUAAUUUGA